AUGUAUAAAGCUAGCAUCGGUUGGUACCACCUUGACGAUUUGGUGAACAAUGUCGAACGUAGCCGUUGCUUUUCGCCUAUCCUUGCUGUGCCUCUGCGCCUUCUGUACGCCAACAGCUGGUUUGGCGUAACGAAAUUCAACGUUUCACCUGACCCGGUCGACAUCAUCGCCAACGUAUACAUAAAAAAUCUCCCUGAUCGAAAGUUACUGAUAGAUCAGUACUGCAGUCAAGUCCGCAUUUCGCCAAUGGGAAAGGCAUGCCCACCUCUCAUGUUUGUAAAAGGCCGGUUUGUUGCUGCCCUGCCUCGGGUACAGUAUUGCUCUACCAUCAACCAGUGCUACGCGAAUCAGGCGUGUUACCAGGGCUACUGUACAAACGCAGGUAACCUGCAAUUGAUUCGGAUUCGGAGAAAUGUAAUAACGUUCGCCGAUUCACAGUUGUUCAGUGCAAAGUUGGGUGGCCAUGCAAUGGUCAAUUUAUUUGCGUACCGGGCGGAUACUGUCGAUCCGUGCGACCAUCCGGCGGAACCUGCGCCACCAGUCGAGAUUGUCCCAUCGGCAGCAGAUGUUUAUUCAGAAUAUGCAUGA